CGGUAUGGGGGGGUCUGCGGGUGGGGGGUUCAUCGCGCAGUCUGAGAGGGAGAUGGCGAAGUUGAGGCAGGGGAACUUGGUGUGGAACUUCGUCACCGCGGGACAUCAUGUGGGGAACCAGGCGAAGAUGCAUGGGGACCGAAAGUUGCGUUGCAACUUUUGCGCCCACUUGUUUCAGGGGAAUGCGGGGAAGGCCGCAUGCCAUUUCACGCAGGCCAAGUACUGCAAGGCUGCGGGGAUGAGAGUUCUCGCGGAAAUAUGGAACGGCACGGUCUACACAUUCAAGCCCGCGACUGCUCGGCGGGUGCAGAGGUGGAUGGUUGACGAGGGGGUACGAGACACGAGAGCGGCUACGGGUGGGCAGCGACAGCGGAUGGACGAGGGAGAGAGGGACGAUGUUCAGGACGCCCUCGAUGAGGAGGAGGGUCUCGAGGGUGGAGUUGGGGAAGGGGGGAAGGCUGACGAGGGAGUCGGAGACCCUGACCUGCCAGGGGAGGAGGUGGUGAUGACGUCGAGAGGCGUCGGUCGAGCGGGUCACGCUCCUAGGGCACCACGACCUGAGUUGGAGCGCGCGAGGAGGGAGAAGAGGCCGGUGGGGGAGGGCGACGUCGAGGUGCGAGAGACGGCCAGAGAGAAGAGGGCUCGGCAGACGACGAUCGACGAGAUGUACGACAAGGAGAAGUUGGCCGAGUUCCAUGACGUGUGGCUGCAGUGGAUCUACGCGAAGGGGUUGGCAUUCAACGCCUUCCGAGAUCCAGAGGUCACAGCGGGCACCGGGAUCCCUUCGCAGAGGGGGAAGGUGGCGUCGAUGGUGAGCAAGGUGCGCUCUGCUUUCCGGCACACUGGUGCCACCAUCCUCUCGGACGGGAGGAAGUCGCGCAGCGGCAAGCCGCUCGUGAACUUCCUCGCCGGGGGCGCCAACGGCGCCCUGCUGUACGCCACCGUCGCAUGUGACGGGUCUGUCCGCGACACUGCGGAUAUCGUGUACCGCAGGUGGCGGGCCAUCAUCUUGUCCUUUCCUGCAAAGGAUGUGAUCGGCUUCUGCACGGACUCCACCAGUAACUAUACGGCGGCGGCCCACAGAUUCGCCACCAACCCAGACGCAGACAUCAGGAGGAUCACUUGGCUUCCCUGCUCCACCCACGUCUGCAACUGGAUGUUGUCAGACGUCGGGACGCGAGUGGCGUGGGUCAAGGAGACCAUCAUCUGUGCCCGAGCGUUAGUGCGAUUUAUUAAAUUGCAGGGCGCUUGUCUCAAAGGCCGGCGGGACGCGUUAGAGAGCAUGCUGCCCGGCGACGAGUGGGCUCGCAUCCCGUGGGACCGCAGGCUUGUCUCCCAGGCACAGUGGGUUCAGCAGCAGAUCCGCGACGACGAGUUCUGGCGAUGCGUUGACUGUGCCAUCCGCGUUAUGUCGCCCAUCCACCAGCUCUUGAGGAGGAUGGAUAAAAGGGGGAUGAUGAUGUCCAUCGUUUACGAGUGGAGUCAACAUCUUCUGGAGUUGAUGAGGAGGGUGGAUGUGCCGGCGGACAUGGUCGAGCCGUGCGUGCGGGAGGUUGCCGUCAGCAACCUCCACAUGCUCGAGCCCGCACAUGCUGCGGCACACCUCCUCAACCCUCGUCGUCGGUCCCUCCGAUAUUAUGAGUCGUUGCAGACGACCACCGACGACGCCCAUGUGGUCAAGGAGUGCGACAGAUUUCUGCUCACACAGACUGGCGGCGAUCCGGUCGGCAGACUGUACAGGACAGUCCGUGACCAGAUCAGGCAUUUCCACUCGUGGCGGGGAGAUUGGGGAGAUCGGCAGUUGUCCGAUGCCGAGGCCGACGACUGUCGGGGGGACCGCGAGACUGAGCGUUGUGCCCAGUGGUGGUAUGAUCACGGACGUCAUCACCCUGAGUUGCGCACCAUCGCCAUUCGUGAUGUGUUCGGCAAAAGGGCGGUGGAGCUGCGGCCGUGGCCGGAGCAGACGUCGGACGCUGAUGCGGAUGGCGACACGUCGGACAACGAGUGGACGGACGAUAACGACGCUCCCGUCAGCGGCGACGCGACGGCGAAGCGGGUCUAUUUCACGUACGGCGGAGGACCUGACGGCAUGACUCCACACAUAUCCGUCAUCACUGACGAUGUGCCCUCCGGUGGUCGUCGUCGACGACGACCGCGUGCCGACGAGCACAUGGAGGAGCAGGAGCCACUCCGAGGCCUUCGGCAGACGGGCAGACGUUGGGAGGUCAGGAGCGACAGCGAGCCGGAGGGGGCGGAGGAGGAGGAGGAGGUGCGCCUUUGGGAUCGUCGGUUCUCUCCCUCUCAUCAUCGGAGUACGGGACCGCCCGAGCCUACCAGGCCGAGGACGAGGUCGGCAUCGGCAGCGGAGAGACAGCACACACCAGCGACCGAGCACCAUGAGGGGACCGGGCUCGCGGACAUUCCGGAGAUGGGGAGGACUCCAUCCUGCGCCGGUGUGCGCCACCGCUUGCCGUCCGAGCUGCGCACCGACGACUUCUACGUCGGCGGCUCUGGCGGGGGUUUGGGGGAUCUCAGUGCCCCGAGACAGGGGGGUGCCUCACUUUCGGACGUGCUCCUCGACGAUUCUGAUGUUCGGGGCCAUGUAGAGACCACAGAGGAGUGGGAUGCCCGAGUCAACAAAGAGGAGGAGGAGCGGCUGCGGACUUUGUCGGGAUGGGAGGGUCGUUUCGCGUAUGUGGAGGAGCAACGCCGACGCAGGGACUUGGAGACAGGGGGGGGCGACGGUGACGGAGGCGACGGUGUCCCCACGGGUGUUGAGGGAGAUGGUGUCGCCGUGGGUGGUGGGGGGGAGGGUGGCGGCGAGGACGAGGACGAGGACGAGGACGAGGACGAGGAGGGGUCCGACCACGGAGACGACCAUGGCGACGAAGGCGGCGACCACGGCGACGAAGGCGGUGACCACGACGACGACGGCGACGACGGCGGCGACCACGGCGACGACGGCGGCCACGGCGACGACUGUGGCGACUUUGGCGACCACGGUGACGACGGCAGUGACGACGGCAGCGACGGUGGCGGAGAGAGAGAGAGAGAGGGUAGGCUGGCUUUGGCCUUGAGGGACCCGUCAGUGCUUUCACUCACACGUGGUUAACCAGGGGUGUUAUUUUCGACGAAUUUUGCACCGAAU